CAUAGGUCCUUCCGUUUCCUAUAAAACCGCUCUAUGCGCCCCGUACUUUCUUGAGAGGAAGUCAAUCGAGCACGGCGGCAGAGAGAGAGGGGAAGAAAGAACAGGAGCGAAAGGAGCACCAUGGCUCGCGGUCAGCAGAAGAUCCAGUCCCAGCAGAAGAAUCUCAAGAAGCAGACUGAGAAGAAGAAGCACGGCAAUGACCAGAAAGCAGCUGCCAUGGCAGCCCUGGUCUUCACCUGUCCAGUCUGCAAGACACAGAUGCCUGAUCCCAAGACAUUCAAGCAACAUUUUGAGAGCAAACACCCCAAGUCCCCAAUGCCUCCUGAGCUAGUGGAUGUACAGGCUUAAAGGAAACUGUUUACAGGCUUGGACUCAAAUUCCGGUGACAGGAUGUACUUAAGAACUGGACAAAUCUGCAAACGACGUGAGCAAGGACAGACAUUGAAGCUUUGAACUGUACUACCGACCACUAAUUCUUGUUGUAUUGUGUUGAGGAGGAUUGGAGUUUGUUUAGGGAAGUGGGUAAAGUAAUAAGUAUCUCCUUCAGCUACUCAUACCAGCUUCAGAAUGCCAUCCGCAACAGACAGAUACUCUCCGUAGAUGUAUUUGCAGUUAUCUUGCCAAAAUAAGUCAUGCAAUUAAUAUUUUGGUAGCUACAGGCUUCAGGAAAGGGGAGGGGAGCCUGACUGUAAAUGAACACUUCCUCUUUCUUUCUCGUAUUUUACUUUUUAUUCCUCUGCCCAAGAGUAUUCUUGGUGUAAUGACGUAAAUAAACUUUUUUGAUACUGAAAUAUUUCUACUACAACAAGGGAAUGGUAAAAAAAAUGAAAGCGGGAAAAUGCAUAUUUUAAAAAUGAUGCAAUUGUUUUAAAUUUCUUUUCCGAGUAAAGUUUAAAAUCGGUACAAACAUUGUUUAAUUUCAGUGUCAUUUGGGGGCAAAGUACCUAUCGGUGGACUAACCCUCUUGAUUUUUUUUUAAUUAUUUUUGCGAAGGGUGGGACAUACGGUACACCUAAUUGUGAAAUGUGUAGCUUGCAUCUGAAUAGCCUUCAAACGUAAUUAAGUGUAUGGGAGCAGAGUAACAAAAAAAAAAAAAAAGUAUCACAAGGGCACUGCGCUGGGAAGGGGAAAGAGAUACGGUUUGAUGCAUUUCUGGUGCUAGGUUCUCAUCGAAGCACAAGUUGUCAAAAUGGCAUACUUGUAAGCAAAGAAAUGUCCUGAAUGCAAGUAGUUGGAGGCAGUGUGUAGAUUCUGUUCAAGGUGCUGCAGUUUGUUGAAUGGAAAAUCCAAGUGCAUACUCUCAAGAAGUAUGUACCACCAAGGGAUUUUAUUCCUUUUCUCUUCAAAAUGAAUAGAGGGCGGCGCGGCGGGGCGGGGCUUUAAGGCUACAGACACCUCAACAUUAGGGAAUCCUGGGUAUUUGAUCUUAUGUACAUAUCAUUUAUUUACAAUUUUUUUUUUUUCUGUCUCCUCGAAUUAUUUUAAUGACUACUAACUUGUACCGUAUUCAAAUAAAACAAAGAGAAAGAC